AUGGUCAAUGAAAAUACAAUUAAACGUCUUGUUUCGUUUGUUCAACGUUUGGAAGAGAAAUUAAUUUCUGUUCAAUCAAUUCAUGGCAAAUUACAAGAUCUUAUGGUUGUUGUGUCGAAAACACAUGAAAAUAUUCUCGAUGAAUUACAAAAUAUGAAAAAUCUUUUAAAUCAAAUUACCAAUGAACAAAAUGAAACGACAACAGAUGGAGUAAGACAACCUCUGGAAGAAAAAGAAACAAGAGUUUCACCAAUAAUUCAUUCCACAAAUGAAAAUUUGAAGAAAAGUGAUCAUUCAACGAGAUUGAAAUUAUCCAAAUCAGUUAGUUUUAGUUUGGAAAAAAGUCUUCUCAACCAACGAUUAACAAAAGAAACAAAAAGUGAAAAUUCUGAAGAAUCGAUUUUACCUUUUCCAUCCAAUCAAUCCGAACUUUCGUCAAUGAAUGGAAAAGUUUUAACAAAUAUUCGUAUUCAUGAAAUCGAACCAAAAAACGGUGAUUAUCUUCGUUUAUUGAAUGUAUCAAAUUCCGACGAAUAUGAUUUAAGUGGACAUUUUAUUCAACAAAAUACACCUUCGAAACCUUUGUGUCGUUUUCGUUUUCCAUUUAAUACAAUAAUUCAACCUGGACAAACAAUUACCAUUUGGUGUGGACAAACAAAAGAUAUCAUUCCUCAACCACCACAUGUUUUUCUUUGGAAAGAACAAAGAAAAUGGGAAAAUGGACCUGAAUGUCUCACUAUCUUAGCGAAACCAAAUGGACAAUCGAUCGCUUGGUUUCGAAAUCCAAAUUCGAUGAACACAGAUCAAUCAUCAAGCGACAUUUUGUUUGUUCAUUCGAAAUCCAAUCUGAUAUCUCCUGAUUCAUCAAGUAUUUUAAAAAAUUCUUCACGUUUAAGUGCGAGACCAACACGUUUAUCUGCAUUUCAUUCAUUUUCGAAUCCCAAAUCUCCAUUUACUCAUUCACCAACAAAUAUUAUUCAUCCAGAUCAUAAUGGACUUUCCAAUGAUCUUCAUUCGCAAUUAAAUCAAAGAGUUGGUCUUUCAUAUUUAUUUCCUCGUGCGAAAUCUUCUUCAUUCACCGAUCGAUCAAUUAAAGAAAAAACCUAA